GCCGCCGCCGCCUCGGGCUCGCCCGCCGGGAUGUUCGCCGCCGGGCUGGCUCCCUUCUACGCCUCCAACUUCAGCCUCUGGUCGGCUGCCUACUGCUCCUCGGCCGGCCCGGGCGGCUGCGCCUUCCCCUUGGACCCCGCGGCGGUAAAGAAACCCUCCUUCUGCAUCGCGGACAUCCUGCACGCCGGCGUGGGGGAGCCGGGGGCGGCUCCGGAGGGCCUGGCGGGGGCCUCGGCCGCCGCCCUCACCGCGCACUUGGGCUCGGCUCAUCCGCACGCCUCUUUCCAAGCUGCCGCCCGAUCCCCGCUCCGACCCACUCCGGUGGUGGCGCCCUCCGAAGUCCCGGCUGGCUUCCCGCAGCGGCUGUCUCCGCUCUCGGCCGCCUACCACCACCAUCACCCGCAGCAGCCGCCGCAGCAACAGCCGCCGCCUCCACCCCGGGCCGGCGCCCCGCCACCUCCUGCCUCGGGGACGCGGGUGGUCCCAAACCACCACCACAGCGGCUCGGCCCCGGCGCCGUCCAGCAAAGACCUCAAAUUCGGAAUUGAUCGCAUUUUGUCUGCAGAAUUUGACCCCAAAGUCAAGGAAGGCAACACGCUGAGAGAUCUCACAUCCUUGCUAACCGGUGGGCGGCCCGCAGGGGUGCACCUCCCGGGCCUGCAGCCCUCCGCAGGCCAGUUCUUCGCGUCUCUAGAUCCCAUGAACGAGGCUUCUGCUAUCCUGAGUCCAUUAAGCUCGAACCCAAGAAAUUCGGUUCAGCAUCAGUUCCAAGACACGUUUCCAGGUCCCUAUGCCGUGCUCACUAAGGACACCAUGCCGCAGACGUACAAGAGGAAGCGCUCGUGGUCGCGCGCCGUCUUCUCCAACCUGCAGAGGAAAGGCCUGGAGAAAAGGUUUGAGAUUCAGAAGUACGUGACCAAGCCGGACCGAAAACAGCUGGCGGCGAUGCUGGGCCUCACCGACGCUCAGGUGAAAGUGUGGUUCCAGAACAGGCGGAUGAAGUGGCGGCACUCCAAGGAGGCCCAGGCCCAGAAAGACAAGGACAAGGAGGCCGGAGAGAAGCUUUCAGGUGGAGCCCCGGCUGCAGAAGGGGAACAGGAGGAGAGGAGCCCCAGCCGCUCCGAUGGCGAGGCAGAGAGCGAGAGCAGUGAUUCUGAGUCCCUGGACAUGGCCCCCAGUGACACGGAGAGGACUGAGGGGGCUGAGCGGUCUCUGCACCAAACCACAGUUAUACAGGCUUCGGCCGCGGCCGCGGGCGCCCUCAUCCCCGCCAGCAGUGGCGGCGUCAGCAGCCUCAGGAGCAGCAGCACCAGCUCGGGUAGCACCGCCAGCCUCGGCAGCAGUGGCGGUGCCUCGGAGCUGCUCCCUGCGCCCCAGGCCACAGUCAGCAGCGCUCCCCAAAGCCCAGAGCCUGCCCAAGCCCCGCUUGGCGGCUUAUAGACUGGACCAGGGCAAAGGGGGCCGGGGCCCUGCGUGCGGGCUUGCAGCCGCGGGCAGGAUUUUGCGUCUAGUUUAUGAUGCCAGGGCAAGGGCCGGAGGCGCAGGAAGUGUCCAUUCAGACGUUCAUCACACACUUCACCCUUCGCCGCCCCGGCUGGCUGCAGCCCGCACUGCCCAGAGCAGAGGGGAGUCUCGGUGUUCCCCAGCCUACGUCUCCCAUCGCCAGUGGAGCACUUCUCCCAGGACACAAGCAGCUCGCAUUGUG